AUGGAUCUAAUAUCCGAGUUGCCGGAGCCUCUCAAGGAGAAAAUCCUCUUUGCUUUACCAACUAAAGAUGCGAUCCGUAUGAGCUUCUCGUCCAGGCACUGGCAGAGCCUAUGGAACACUGGGUGGAACUCAUUACCAGUUACUCGUAUUAAUUUAGAGGACUCGGUUUCAAUGGAAGAUUCGUUUACAAGCAGUCUCCUCGAACAUGAAGGUCAGAAAAGAAUCGUUCACUUCUCACUCGGAGAUGGAGUCGAGGAGAUGACAAGAUUUGAUGUUGACCGCUGGAUAAAGAUGGUCACCCAAUAUUACGUGACAGAGUUAAAGCUCGAUAUAACACAUAGCUUUCCUCCUGCUACUUUUGAUGUUGGGUCCUUGGUUGUACUGAGCUUAACAAAUUGUAUUUUGGACCCAGCCUUAAUCCAAAAGGAUACAAUCUUCUGUCACCUGAAAUCGCUCGGAUUGCGGUACGUCGAUUUGAAUGGGCUAGUCGGGGAGCUCUUUUCUAGAUGCCCUUUGCUGGAGAGUUUGGAUUUGACAUACUGUGAAGACAUGCAACAUGUUGAACUUUGUGAUGUUCCAAAUCUAAAGAAUGUUGUAGUCAUGCAGAAUUAUUCUGAUGUACCUCACACCUUCAAGAUGCAAGCACCCAAUCUUGAAUCUCUUGAUUAUCAGGAGUGUGCAAGGGAAAGGCCAUUGAACCUUGAAGAAGUAUGUUGCAGAAAUCUAAAGAGGUUGGACAUAGAUCAUCAACAAACGACGAUUACCAACCAAUACAUCGAGGAAGUUGUUCUCAAGUUUCCUUUGCUUGAAGACUUGGUCUUGAAUGCUGACUGCUUUGCUUCGGCAGACGAUAUUGAUGAUGAGCUCAAAACUUGUUGUCUCAAUAUAUCAAGUCGUUCACUCACUAAAUUAAAUAUAGCUGGAGAAACUUCUGAUGCAAUGAACAUCAUCAUAGAUGCUCCAAGUCUUGUUUCUUACGAAAGCCACAGUUCCGGAGUUUCACAUUCGAUUUCCUUCAAAUCUGUCAAGCUAGAGAAACACAUUCUCUGUCUGGAUGAACCGACUUUGGACACUGAAUGGUUUAUCCACUUGCGAAGUUAUCUUGGCAAAUGUUCACCACAUGUAGCAGGAUUGUCGGAGAUAAAGAUAUAUUCUCCUCAAAGUGUAGAGAAAAAAAUUUCAAGCAAGCUGCCGAAGACAGAAGUUACUCCACGGCCAAGAGUCAGGGAACUGGCUCUGGUAAGGGUUCCUUUUGAUCCUGCAGAUGAUGCAGAAGCUCUUAUUGACGGCUUACUAUGGAGUUGUCAACCAAUGCAAGUACGGGUGCAGAUGUCACAUGACAAUGACUAUGAAAACAACUUUAUAAAGUCCAUACAUGAAAUGUUAAUGGAUGGAGAACGAGAGUCCCCCUGUGAUUGUUGUCAAGAGACUCACUACAAAUGUUGGCGGCAUUACUUAAAGUCUGUUACGCUUCAGAGUUAUAUUAUAACGAAUGAUGGGACGGAACAUUGUUAUAGUAAUGAAAAUUCUACCAUGGACUUGACCCAUUUUGAGGAACCUUGCGAUGCAAUCUUUGCACUACAAUGGUUUGAUGACUUGAAAUAA